ACGACGCAGUACCUACGUAAACACUUCGCGCAUGCGUAUAGCGAUUCUUUACUAAAUGGAGGCUGCUUGAAAUGUCCACUGUGACAAAUUGAAUGCGAUUUUAAAAAAGCAUUCCGUAUUACCCAAAUGUUUGGCUUGUAAGGCUCGGUCACUAUGGACUCUGGCAGGGAAACCGAAAGAUCCUCAUCUCCAACUGGAAUACAGUCUCUUGAAACUGACAGAAACCCAUCACCACCCCACGACACAAACGAUGGAGAGGACGAGGAAGAUUUGGAUGCCGUUGGAGACACAGUUUAUAGCAAGCACUGGAUUUUCAGCACCCUGACUCGUCUCAUCAAUAUGGUCACGGCACAUUUGGAGUCGGACUCUGAGGGUGAGAUGCAGCUCGCUGAUGAUGAUGAGGAGGAUCUAUGUAAAGUCUGGGAUAUGGCAAUGGACAAGGAUGUUGCAGGUCUUCUGCAGGAAUUCAAAGCUACCGACAUCCUUCUCGGGGUUAUAGCCAAAUCACGCUGUCCACGUCUCACAGAAAUUUGUGUAGGAAUUCUUGGGAAUAUUGCUUGCUUCCCGGAAACCUGUCUGACUCUUAGCCUGCAUGAAGACUUGGGCGCUGUGCUGUUGCUUCUUCUUGGGGAACCAGAUCCGCCCACCCUUCUGGAAACAAGCAGGUUGCUGCUGACCUGUUUGUCUCAGAAAGAUGUCUGCUCCCUGUGGCUUCAGCGAAUACGAGAGGAGACGUCCGUGCUCUUCAACCUCUGUUUCAUCAUGUUUUGUUCCACCAACACUGACCUGCUGGAGAAGGUUGGAGAGCUGGUUGAAAAACUCUUUGACCUCGAUGAAGAGCUGAUGAAGAGAUGGAUCACCGCUGAGCCGAGUAAGGAGGAGGAGAAGGCCGAUGGUGAAGGCCGUCAGGACGUGGCCUCGUGUCUUCUUGAGGCAGCCAAGCAGCUGAGAUCAGAGAGUCCAAAUGGCCUAGAGGUUUAUCUUCAUGCCCUCCAACUCCUGACCACCAUAGACGAGGGCAUGCAGGCUUUUGCUGCCCCGGAUGGACCAGGCAAAGAAGUGUGGGACUUUGUCUGUGAUGUCGUGUGCGACGACCUCUGCCAGUCAAAUGAUCUCUCGGCCGUCUUGCUGGAGCAGAAGAGCAUUUUGGUUCAAGCGUUUGCUGUGUUGCAGGCACUUUACAGGUGCCAGGAUCAGUGGCAUAACAGAAGUGAUGCAAGUCUUCCUCUUAUCGGAGCAGUUUUGAGGGUUCUUCAGUACCACAGUGAGAGUAAAAAUAACGACACCAAUGAAGAAGACACAAAAGAUGAACAGCUCCAGACGCUGGCAGAGAUCGCAGCCGAGUUUUUGGCUGACAUCUGCGCUCAGAUUCCAAAGACAACUGUGGCAGAUUUGGUGAAGGAAGGUCAUCUUACAGAGAAGACUUGUCUCACAGCGCUGGGCUGUUUGGUUCACAACUACAAGACUUCUUUUCAGCACCUGCAGUCGAUGCUGUCAGAGACUGAUCCCCGACUGGCAGACGUUGUGAGGGAACAGUUUCCUGUGUGAGAUGCCCAUCGAGUGCUCACCUCUCAUCCAGAGUCUUGCCUCGGCUUUUUAUAGUUACGGCUAUUUCCCCUCCCAAGGAUCCUGCUCCGAGGUGUACUGUUUGGAUUUCCAUUGGACUUAACAAAGAUGUCACACAAUCACCAGCUGUGGACAAUGUGACAAAGACUGUCUAGUUUUGUUCUCUUUUUUUAAUGUGAAUGUUCUUUUUGUUUUGAUGAGUUUGACUUUUAUUAAACAGAUUUUUCAAGAA